AUGCGCGAAAGAAAACAAAAUGGUGGCGAGUGCGAACAGGACAGUAUUUCAAGUUUUCAAAAAAGCAUACAGCCCCAACUUAAGGAGUUAAAGCUGCCCUUCAAUAUCCUCCAAGAUGAACAAUUUGGCAGCCAAGCGAAAAAGAAGUGUUGGCAGCCAAAGCAGCGAAUUUGGUUGCCACAACCCCAAAGUGACAGUGACAGUGACAGUUCAACCCAAAAAUAUUUGCAACGGGAACAAAAAGAUGCCCGGUCUAGCUUCUUUAAGCUUCUUGAAAGCCAUCAUCCGGAAAAGGCAACAGCUCCAAGUUAUCCGUUUUUCCUUUCUCUAAAUCACAAAGGUUGGCACGAGGAACCAAAUGGCUGGUAUAAGCUGUCACCACUCAGUAAAAACCAGAUCGGUAAAUUUUUGUCUAAAGCAGCUCAAAAGGCUGGUCUACAGGCUUGCGGAAAGAAGAUUGUUAACCAUUUGUUUCAGAAAACAAGCAUCUCACAGUUACUUGAUGGUGGAACUCCAGAAAAUUUCGUAGCACAGUUGAGCGGGCAUAAAAAUCUGCAAAGUUUUAGCUCAUACAAGUCUGCUUCCAUAACACACGAGCCACACACUAGACAUCUUAAAACAACAAGCUUCUCGAUCAGGUUUAUGUCCAAAUGCACCAAACUCUGUCUCUGUUGAUGGAACAAGCUCGCAGCAGUUUUCAUUUGCCCAACAAAGAAGCUUCAGCUUUCAAGUGAUGCCAAAUCCUUCUCUCUUCGCAUCAGCAAACAUCUGCUUAAUUUCCAACUCUGUCUUUAAUCUUGUUCAGUCCGCACCGAGUGAUCCAUCUGGCAGCUUACAUGAAAAUGCCGCAAAACACCAAAAACUGGAUUCUAAUUGUUGAAAAUUUUCCUUAUGUUGUUUUUGUUCGCACUGAUAAAAUUAUUUCAUUCAUUUGACGCUGA